CAGGGAAAAAGGUCUGCAUGAAAUCCACACUGAAUGCCAAAAACUGUUCGCUGUGCAGAAGGAGAUGACUGAUAUCAUCACAAAUUUCAUCGGCAGGUUUGAAAACUUCCUGUGUCACUUUGAAGAAGGCCAGAGAGAUCAGUGUAGCAAUGCAAAAUGGAUUCAGAAUCUGCACUCUGUGAUUGAAGGAAUCAUUAACAUGGGUAGGCAAACCAUUUCAGCUUUCAGCCAGAUACAGGAUGACUUAGAAGAAGUCAAAACUCUGAGACACCUAGUUGAAAAUAUAUGGAAGAAGUUGUCUGAUACAAAAUUGGAAGAGCAAGAGGAGAAAACAGACCACAAACAUACCAAAUGUGGAAGUUAUGGUGGACACAUGAAUGCAGAAACAGUAAAGCUACUAGUGGAACAAGCCACUUCUCCACUGAUAAAAGAGGCAAAAUGCGAUCCCCAUCAGCAGAUGCCUUGUGCCAGCUGUAGAAGAUAUGAAGACAAAGUCUCGGAUCUGGAGAAGCAGCUAAGUGAGAUGUAUAAACAUUACAAUACUCUGAGCUGUGGUAUUCGUCUCGUGAAGGAUGAGGUGUUACGAAUAAAUCAUCAGCUCUUUAACAGGAGGUUCAGGGCAGCUGAGAGACAUUUUAGUUCUGAAGAGCUCUACAAUAGGACAUGCAACUUAAAAGAACAUCUGGUUAUGCUAACAGCAAAAAAGAAAGAACUUCCAUUCAGAGGCUUCGAGAAACAUCAGUAACCUGCAAAGGAUCCAAGCAGCCCUAAAAAUAAUCUGUCCAGAAUUAUGUUCAACUUUCACUUAUCAAAUUUUCAAAAUAAAAUAUUUAGCUACA